CUUAAAUAGAUCUGAAAUUUUGACCAUGAUCGAGGCCGUGAUCCUGAGUGCCCAGGUUCAAGAGGCCAUUGUUCGCCAUGCCAUGGUCACCGAGAAGGAGGAGAUCAUGGGAUUCUUGUUAGGCCAAGUCGACGAAGGCGGCUCGAGACUCGUGAUCACGGGUUUGGAUGCCACGGUUCGAAGCGACCGAAAAUCGGAUCGCGUGGAAGUGUCGCCGGAACAGGCGGUGGCCAGUUCGGAAAAGGCCGAGCAAAUCGGAUUGAGAGUCCUGGGUUGGUACCACUCGCAUCCCCACAUCACGGUGUGGCCGUCCCACGUGGAUUUGCGAACCCAGUUCAGUAUGCAGCAAAUGGAUCGGGAUUUCGUGGGGAUCAUCUGCUCAGUCUUUUGUCGACUGGAUUUGAAUGACGCCUCCCAAAGCCAUCCGAAAAAGCGUCGGGCACUCAAUCCAAAGGGCGAACGUCGAGCUAUGCUGGCCCAGCAAGUCAAGAUGACGUGUUUUCAAGCAUCACGGGCGGAUGAUGGGUCUUUGGUGAAGCGGGACAUUCAGAUCGUAGUUCAGUCUCAUCAGCCCACCCUAACCGAUGACAUGGCCGUGCAAUGUCAGGCCAUCUUGUACGCCGAGCUCGUUCAAGAGCGUCAAGCUCGACUCGAGAAGUUGAAUCGCCAUCCGAGUGGCGUGAUCACAGAGAAACGCCCGGAACUUAUCAUGAGUCGCGACCAGAUUAAAUUAGAAUUUGCUUUGGCUCAUCAUCAGCUUGUGCAAGACUACAGUAUUCCCAUGGCUCAAGCCUUGAUUCAAGACACGGCCAAUAUCGAGUUGGAGAUUCGAACCCUGACUCGGGAGAAAAACCGGCUACGGGCACAACUCCGAGGAGAACAAGUUCGAAUGGACACGGCCUGAUGUCGUUUUAGUCCCAUGGGUGUCGUGGUCCGUCAACUGUUUUAUCGAAUAUAAAUCGUUUCUGGCGUCAAACAUGACGCCGGCCGGCCGAUUUCUACUCAGCUGCUCCUAACGACACAUGUGGAUAUGUUUUACCAUGUGCCGAGUACCCAUAAUUUCUCGGUCGAGGGAUGGGUUAGGUCAUGAACGCCUGGAAUAUGGACGGGGGCGCUGAGGUCGACAACAAGUCUGAUUCCGCACCUCUCAAAUUAGUCUUGCCAACAAAACCACACUAGAUUGGAGUGAAUACAGAUGCCGUAUCAAAUGCUACCAAAGUUCAAAAGUGGACCAUUUUGCCCAAAGAUUUCACUGUGGCUGGCGGAGAGUUGGGACCAACUAUGAAAAUGAAACGGUUUUUCAUUUACGAUAAGUACCAAGACGCCAUUGAUCGUAUAUAUUCAACUUGAGCGGGAAGAUUGUUUAGAUAUUUCGAAAUAAACCGAAAGUUCAUUGA